AUGCCUCCGACAUUGUACAACAGGCUGUCAAGCAUUGUCAAGAAACAAGAAGAGGUAGAAGCGCCCAUGCUCUCGACCACGUUGGUCGUGGCCCUCUCCGUUGCCUAUACCGCCCUUUUUGUCCUUCCGUUCUAUCUCUCUCCAACCACACGGCCUUCGCCAACCCUAUCUAGAGAUGCGCCGAGCGUCAUACGCGAGCGCAUUCGAUUCGUCACUGCAUCAAUCACGGUGUCGACAUGUAUUACAAGCUAUAUGCUAUCGACGCGCAGUGAUGACACUAUCUCCACCAUCGCUCACUCGUUGGGCCUCUAUCCUAUCAAUCUUUUUAGCAUACUCAAGACCCUCUUCUUGACCGCCCUUUUGUUCGCCGGUCCACUCUUCGAAAAGGGUGUUGCUGAAGGCGGCCAUCGCGAAUGGCUCAACGGACGACUCUUGCAAGAGACCCUGAGUAGCUGGAUUGGGUGGCGGAAUUAUAUCGCAGGACCAUUUACAGAAGAGCUUCUAUUUCGCUCUAACAUUGUCUCCCUGCACACCCAUGCGAGACCCCUUCUACCAGCCGCCACUCUCACAUUCGCAACCCCUCUGUACUUCGGGAUCGCCCAUGUUCAUCAUUUCUAUGAAUACAAACUCACACAUCCGUACACCCCUUGGCUACCCGCAUUACUCAGAUCCGUCAUACAAUUUGGAUAUACGACAGUAUUCGGUUGGUACGCUACCUUUAUAUUUCUAAGGACCGGUAGCUUGUGGGCUGUUGUACUCAUCCAUGCUCAGUGCAAUUGGAUGGGUCUACCUAGAAUAUGGGGUCGCGUUGGCGGACUUGAGGUUCAAGGUGGCGUAGUGGGAGGGCCAACAAGAGGUAAAGAGGAUAGUGGCACGAAUCAAAAUGCCGAGGAGGAGCGACUGGGAUUUGUCUGGACGGUGAUGUAUUAUAGCAUUCUUGUUGUGGGUGCUUUUGCGUGGUGGCAAUGCUUAUGGAUUCUGACCGAGAGCGACACCGCACUGGCUGACAUCAAGCCGCCAUUACCGCAAGCCCGAUAA